AUGGCGACCGUGAUGGAGGAGGCUGCUGCUAAGGCGGUGGUCGGAGCCGGCGAAAAGGCGGAGGCGGUUGCUACGCCGGAGAAGGUUGAUGAGGUGAAGGAGGCGGGUGCGGGCGGGGAGGAGAUGGAGGUCGCCGGCUGUGAGGCGAAGAUGGCGGAGGAAGGUGGUGAGGUGAAGAAGGCGGAGGGGGAGGAGAAGAAGCCGAGGAGCAGGAAGCCCCGGUCGGCGGGGCCGCGCCACCCGCCCUACUUCGAGAUGAUCAAGGAGGCGAUCAUGGCGGCGGGCGACGGCAAGGCGGGGGCGAGCGCGUACGCGAUCGCGAAGCGCGUCGGGGAGCGGCACGGGGAGGCGCUGCCGGGCAACUACCGCAAGGUGCUGGCCGCGCAGCUGCGGAGCUUCGCCGCCAAGGGCCGGCUCGUCCGGGUCAAGGCCUCCUUCCGCCUCGCUCCCGCCGAGGAGAAGAAGGCCCUGCCGGCCAAGAAGAGGACCACCAAGAAGGCCGCGUCGAAGAAGGCGCGGCCGAAGAGGACGAAGAAGGCCGGGCCGCCGCCGGCGAAGCGGAAGCCGAAGCAGCCCAAGUCGAUCCGCGCCCGGAAGGCCAACAAGGCCAGCGCCUGA